UAAUACGGAAUGUAACAAAACAACUCGUCAAUUUUUCCAAAGACUACACAAAUGUCAUAAAAUACAUAAACCAUUUUGCCGAGUACCAUUUUGUCUACAUCUCUUUAACUACCUGCAAUAAAAAACUUAUAUUUUAGGAUAUCUUUGAAUUAUCGAGUAAAUAAUAUGGAAGGUAUUGAUCUUCCUUUAAUUUCUGAUGAUGAAGAAUUGGACUAUGAUUUGCUUGAUGCUUCUGACAUUCCAUCUGGAUUUAAAGUACAAGCAGCGACAAGCGUUAGUUCAGUGAAUGCUGAUGCAAAGAUAGUUGACAAAGCCACAGAAACACCUACAGAAGCAUCUAUUCACCAACCCGCUCGUAAACGUAGAACGAAUGAAACUUUCGAUUCAGAUGCCUCUGAUGGAGAAAUGGCAUGUAAUGUUGGUGAGGAGGAUAAUGAAGGAUGUGAAGAUGAUAACGGUGAAUCUGGCGCCGAUAAAUUUUGUGGACGUUUGGCUGGUAGAGUGAAACGUUUAGGCGAUAAAAGGCAGCGGCUUGUAUCUCCAACAUUGGAAGAUGAAGAAGAGGUUCAAGAUGAAGAAAUUCGCGAACAAUUUCUGGGGGGAUUCGAACAAAUUCUUGAUGGAAAGAAGGAUGAACAUCGUCGAAAUGUGAGUUUUUUUUUGUGUUUCUAAGAAUAUUAAUGUGUUUUGAAAUGGUUGGGAUUUAGGGGUUGUUGGAUGAGUUAAAUUUUGGGAAAGUUAUUUAUAUUUUCCGACUUCUUUAAUUAACCAAAUUAAUGUUUCUUUAAUAUAAAUAUUUUUUUAUUAAUUUCUACUAAAGUUAAUUAAACGGGGAAUCUAAUUUUAUGAAGGUCAUUUCUCUACCAUUGAUUGCAUUAGAACAUAACCUUUAAAGUUUUAGCUAAACUUAACAUUUAGAAACAAAUUUAAGUAACAAUUUAAAAUAUUCUUUUCAUUUCUGAUUUUUGUUUUGUUAAUUUUUAUUUCAACAUUUCUUUUCUGAUUUAUUGUAUAUAAGGGGAUUGUUGGUUAUAGUGGUUGUUUUUGUUUGCCAGAUGGAUUUAAUUUUAAGAGAUAUAUUACUAUCGUUAUUUGCGACCUUCUCCGCUUUGAUCCUUUUUUCCUCAAAUGGUUGGCGACUUUUGAUGUUUUGUUUUAGAAAAGAAUUAGGGGGGGGGGGGGGUGUUUGAGAAUUUGAUGCUCUCAAAAUAACUAACCAAAACAAUUGCGCAUUAUUUAGAAUUAAGAAUCAAUAAUAAUAUUUUUGAGUUUUUAAGAGUACAUCUAUGUAAGAAAAAAUAUAUUUACAUUAAUCGAAAAAUAAAUUAGUUGGGGGUCUUUUUAUUUAUCGGUCUUUAUCUGUUUUACUCAAUCUUUUUUUUCAUUUUCUUCCUCUUUAUUCUCAAAGACUGGUCAAUCCGUAAAAAUGUUUUAAUAUUUUUUUUAUCAAAUUUUAUCUUUUUUUAUAUACAUAAAAACAAAUUAAAAAUAGUUAGAUGGUUGUUUUAAUUAUUUUGCUGACAUUGAGAGUCCAAAAUUAAACAAACAAAGGCGCUCAAAUCAACUGUCGAGGCCCUUCAGCGCUAUAUAGUUUUUAGGAGUGUUAAUGCUAUGUAUGUACGUGCGCAGUUGUGAUGGGUAAGAGAGUCUGGUAAUAGGAGACGGUCGUCUUUCCCUGGAGGAGUGGAAAAAAUUGGCGCGAGAAUAUAUUUUCAAUCCAGCAUUUUUACCACUCAUUGUCAGUACCUCAUUCACUCAUUGCACCAACCAGCACUCUCAAUGCAUUAUUUUAGUUGGAAAAAUUGAGGAAGAAAAGGUUGUGGAUUGGAUGAAAGGCGCAAUGGUGGUGGCCAUUGUGGCGGAAGAAAAAUGGGCAAUUGCCUAAGUAUUUUCGUAUUUUUAUUGAAGUAAUAUAAUAGUAUAUAUUCAAAGUAUAAUCAGAAAAAAAGAGAUAAUAUUUUUUACUUA